GGUCGGGGUUGAAUGCAGAGCGAAGCAGAGCCUUAGUGAAAUAAAAAGCAGUGAAAAUGUGUAUUAAAUAGUGAAAAAUAUUAAUGAAAGCAAUAUGCAAAUGCUACAAAGUGUUCAUGUACUCCUUUGUUAGUUAUAAAAUUGACUGCAAAGCUAUGUGCAACAGUGGAAACGGCAUAGACUCCACCCAGAGCACCGCUUGCAGCAAAUACCUAUGAAUGUGGUGCGAACACACACACACGCGCAUACAAAGAAAAACACAUACAUGUAUAUGCAUAUGGGAAAAACCUGCCGUAAUUACAGUUAGACAGUAAAAUAGCCAGCGCGGUCAGUUAAUUAGGCUACAAAGCGAGUUUCAGGUGUUGACGCCCACGCACGGACGCCAACAAUUGCAAUUUUUGUUGUUUGCUUGCAAUGGAAAACGAAUCCGUCAAAUCGGAACAUAGUGGACGCUCGCGACGCUCUCGCAAUCACAACAACAAUAGUGGAGGAGGGGGAGGAGGCGGAGGUGGUGGUGGCGGUGGCGGAGGCACCGUUAACAACGGAUAUCACAGAGAUCGCUCAAGGCACUCACAUCGGAGCACCCAUUCUUCGAAAUCCGGCAAAGGACGCAGCGACAUGGCGCCCUAUCAAACAAGUGUUAAUAUGACAGGUGACGAUUCUCGCGAUGGCCAGGAGGUGAUUGAGGUGCAGAUAUUGCCACAGGAUGAGAAUUGGGGUGAGAAUACAACGGCUGUCACGGGCAACACCUCGGAGCAAAGCAUUUCCAUGGAAGACAUCAACAAUAUGUGGCACCGGGAGAAUGAGAAAGGAUUCGGCUUCGCUUGCCGUCGCUACGUGGAAUCAACAUUCUACUUCCUACUCGGCUGUGGCGCAUUCUUCUCGCCCGUCGCCAUGGUCGUAAUGCCAUACAUUGGCUUCUUUCCGUCGGCCUUCGAUCAUCCGGAAUUGACCCAGACUGUGCGCACACAGCUGCUGGCAUGUAGCGAGCAGUGCAAGGGACAGCUCGUCUCGCUGGCGGCUCGACUGCUGUUGCUAGCCAUUGGAUUGUGGGCCCUGUUCAUGCGUCGCACAGCGGCCAGCAUGCCGCGGAUCUUUCUGUAUCGUGCGAUCGUGCUGCUCCUGGUCACCAUUUGCACCUUUGCCUAUUGGCUCUUCUACAUUGUGCAGGUCACGAACAGCGCCAAGAUUGUGGUGGAAACCGGCGGCGAUACUGUCGACUAUAAAUCGCUAGUUGGCUAUGCGACCAACUUUGUGGACACGCUGCUCUUCAUACACUAUGUGGCGGUUGUCCUACUGGAGCUGCGCCAUCAGCAGCCAUACUAUUAUGUUAAGAUCAUACGCUCCCCAGACGGCGUUUCGCACUCGUAUAUGCUUGGCCAGCUGAGCAUUCAGCGUGCUGCCGUGUGGGUGCUGCAGCACUACUAUGUGGACUUUCCCAUCUUCAAUCCGUAUCUGGAGCGCAUACCCAUAUCAAUAUCGAAGUCGCAACGUAACAAAAUCUCGAACAGCUUCAAAUACUACGAGGUCGAUGGCGUCAGCAACUCGCAGCAGCAGAGCCAGAGUCGAGCUGUGCUGGCGGCAAAUGCAAGACGUCGCGACUCCUCGCACAACGAACGCUUCUACGAGGAGCACGAGUACGAGCGGCGGGUCAAGAAGCGACGCGCACGCCUUAUCACGGCCGCCGAGGAGGCCUUCACUCACAUCAAGCGCAUACACAAUGAACCAGCUCCCGCCUUGCCUCUGGAUCCCCAAGAGGCAGCUCAGGCGGUGUUUCCCUCGAUGGCUCGCGCUCUGCAGAAAUAUUUGCGUGUCACACGGCAGCAGCCAAGGCACACCUUUGAGAGUAUACUCAAGCAUCUGGCGCACUGCCUCAAGCAUGACUUGUCGCCACGCGCCUUCCUGGAGCCUUAUCUGACCGAAUCGCCAGUCAUGCAGAGCGAGAAGGAGCGUCGCUGGGUGCAAUCGUGGUCACUGAUUUGUGACGACAUCGUCUCACGCCCCAUUAGCAACGAAUGCACGUUCCAGUUGAUACAGAACGACGUCUCCCUGAUGGUCACCGUACACAAGCUGCCCCACUUCAACUUGGCUGAGGAGGUAGUCGAUCCCAAGAGCAAUAAGUUUGUAUUGAAGCUCAACUCAGAGACAUCUGUAUGACACCAGCCACAUCAGCAUCAUCAGCAACACCAUCAACAGCAGCAGCAAAGAACUCCUCCUUUGAUAACGCCCACGCACAGCAAUCAAACGCAAUCAUCGUAUUUGCAUGUGUUCGUCUGAUACUCUACAUCCACAUACAGAUAUUUAAUAAUAUUUGAUUAAUAUUUUAUACAAGUUUAUAUAAAAUUUACAAAGCU